AUGAUUUGAAUCCCUUACUGUUACCAAUUGGCUUCACUAUUCUCCCACAAUACUUUUUGACCUCUCCAUUACAAAUGUUUGCUUAAUCCAAACAUUGGCCAAGGAUAAAUUUCUGCUCAAGAGAAUAGAAAAUUCGAACGACACCAUAUUUUGAUUAUGUUUAACCCAGUAAAAUUUCUUGAUUUAUCUGAAAAUUUCUUAUCAUAUAAAUAUCAUCAAUCAAUAAAUUGGGAUCUGACAUAUGAGAGUAUUUUUUGCCUUGGCAUUAUUCAAUUUUUGACAGCUUGCCAAUCAUUUCAUCAAUGUUACAAUUUAAAAGCCUUGCAAAUUUGCUUAAGUAAAACUAAAUCUUUGAUUCAAGCACUUGGUAUUAAAUGCCAUUCACAGUGGUUAUAA